GAAAACAAAAAGAGAAAGAUGGGGAAGACUUCCUUAUUAGUGACUGUCAGAUUAAAACACUGAUAUCUACUUCUAGGACAUCAUGUGGAUUGGAUUCUUUGAUGUGACAGGGAUGAAGGGUAGAAGAGGCAAACAGAAGUAUGAGGAACAUUUCUAGUUGGCUCAGCUCGGGGGACUUCUAUGAAAACAGGAACCAAGAUGAUGCGAAAACCCCGAGCAGCAACUGCCAAGGUUGUCAAGUACAAUGACAUGGACUCUGAUCUGUCUUUUGCCCACACAAUGAGUAGUGAUGAGGAUAGUGACGAAUGGGGGCCACCGGAGCCAAAGACAAAAGCCAAGACUGCCAGAGCCCCUGCAGCUGCCAAGAGAACUGCUAAACCAAAAGAGCCAAAAGCCCCAAAAGAGCCAAAAGCCCCAAAAGAGCCAAAAGCUCCAAAAGAGCCAAAGCCCCCAAAAGAGCCAAAACCCCCAAAAGAGCCAAAAGCCCCAAAACAACCUAAAGCUCCCAAAGUGCCUAAAGAGCCUAAGCCAAGGGCACCACGCAAAACUGCAGCAGAACGAAAAACACAGGCCCCUAAACGACCGAAGGAUUCUGGUGCAUCUGGGGUGGCUGGAACAAAGAGGAAAAAAGUGGAAAAUGAAGCUAAAGAAGACAAAGGAGGAACACAAACUGACUUUCCAGAGAGGACUGAAGAGAGUGGGCCAAGUAUUAGAAUGAAGGAAGAGAGAGUGUCAUUCAUUGUGUCAGAAGCCCACCAGGCAGACAUAUGGACAGGUGAGGGCUCAUCACGAGCUGGCCUUGGAGUGAAGAAAGAGGAAGCGCCGGAGGAGGAUUUCACUUUUGAUGAGCCUUGUCUAAAGAAACAGAAGACCAGUGGUGCCUGCCUGGGAAAACCAACUGCUUUGCCUUCAUCAGAAGCACAGUCGCUCAGGAAUGAGCUCAAUAUGAACUGGGACAUGACAGAGCUGCUGUCCACCCUGACAUGUGUGGAACAAUGGGUGUGCGUAAAUAUCGUCACGCUGCUUCGUGAGGAGAACACGGUGCCGUUCAUGGUGCGUUACCGCAAGGAGAUGAUCAACCACAUGGAUGCUGAUGCUGUCCGAGACGUCCAGAUGACUUAUGAGGCACUAUGUUCUCUGGCUAAGAAGACCCAGUCUCUGAUCCAGACCCUGAAAAAGGACGGAGUUUUGACAGCUGAGCUGGAACAAGAUCUGAGGAGCUGCCAAUCAGCUGAUGAACUGGAUCAUGUGUAUUCUCCCUACAAGAAAGGCAGCAAGCUGACGAAAGCUCGCAGGGCCAAAGCACUUGGGCUUGAAGCAGCCGUAACUUCUCUGAUGGAAACACCACACUCUCUGGAUCUGAGGGUGUACAUAAAACCUGGUACUGAAGGUCUGACGACGUUGGAAGAAGUGGCCACAGGUGUGGAGCAUAUCUUGGCUGAUAUAAUAGCUAAAGACCCGGACACACUCACCUUUGUGAAGACACUGUGUGAGCGGAGUUUUGUGACCAUCCAGUCCUCUGUAUCCAAGACGGCACUAAAGGAUAAAGAACAAGGGAAGUCUGUCCCAGACCAGAAAAAAAUGAAGGCAGAGCAAAACAAAACCAAGGACAUUGACAAGUUCCAUCUCUACUUUGACUUCACCAGCAACGUCCAGCGCAUCCAGCCCCAUCAGACGCUGGCUAUUAACCGAGGGGAGAGUCUCAAGAUUUUGACAGUGAAGGUGAACAUUCCCGACAGAGUGAAGAGUGACUUCACCAGGUGGUGCAUCAACAACAGGUGGAGGCCGAAGACAUUUGCAAGAGAAGAACUGAAUGCGAUCAUCAGGAACGCUGUGGAGGAUUCUUAUAAAAGGCUUAUUCUGCCUUUCCUCACGAGGGGCUACAGGACUAAGCUGACAAGUGCGGCAGAGAAGGAGUCGAUUGCCAUGUUCGUGCGAAACCUCCGCCAGCGUCUGUUGGUGUGUCCGGUCAGGGGCUGCGUCAUCCUGGGGGUGGACCCUGGCUUCAGACACGGCUGCAAACUGGCCGUCCUCUCCCCCACGAGUCAGAUUCUCCACACUGAUGUCGUGUACCUGAAUAAUCAAGGCCAGCAAAGAGAAGCAGAUAAACUGCGCCACCUUAUGAUCAAGUACAGCUGCACCAAGGUUGUCAUUGGCAACGGGACGGCGUGUCGUGAAACAGAGUCGUUCUUCGCUGACCUCAUCUCCAGACGUUUUUUUCACCCCCUGGAUGUGUCCUACUGUAUAACCAGUGAGGCAGGAGCGUCCAUCUACAGCGUGAGUCCUGAGGCCGUCAAAGAGAUGCCAGACCUGGACCCAAACCUUAGAAGUGCAGUGUCCAUUGGAAGACGUGUCCAAGAUCCGCUGGCUGAGCUGGUGAAGAUAGAUCCCAAACACAUCGGCAUUGGAACAUACCAGCAUGACGUGUCGACCGGAGCUCUGAAGGCAGCGCUGGACGGAGUGGUGCAGGAGUGUGUGAGCUUCGUGGGGGUGGACGUCAACAUCUGCUCCGAGAUGCUGAUGAGGCAUGUAGCGGGACUGAAUGCAGGCAGAGCUCGGAGUAUUGCAGAGUGGAGAGAGCAGAAAGGUCCCUUCAUCAACAGGGAGCAACUCAAACUGGUCAAAGGCAUGGGGCCCAAGAGCUACCAGCAGUGUGCUGGCUUCAUCAGAAUCAACCCUCAAACCCUGCAGAGUGUCAAGUCCUCACUUGAGCCUGCAGCAGCAGCAGCACCAGAGAAAUCAGCUGCUAAGAAGGGCAAAGGAAAGACCGGUGUCAGCGUACCUACCUCAUUUAACCCUCUGGAUCAGACCUGCAUACAUCCAGAGUCCUACCACGUGGCACACAGAUUUCUGUCAUUCGUGGGUGGGCAUGUGGACCAAAUUGGGAGUGCAGGUCUGCGAAACUGUGUGGAGAGCAAGGUUAAGACAAGCUGUGUGGAGGAGCUGGCCCGGACGCUGGACACCACACCUGAGACCCUCAAACUCAUCAUGGACGGCCUCACGCAGCCUCCCGGGUUCGACAUAAGACAGAAUUUUGGGCAGGCGGACUUUAAACGGGGCAUUGUCUCAAUGAGCGAUCUGCAGGUGGGCGCGGUGCUGACGGGCCGGGUGGAAAACACGGCUCUGUUCGGGGCUUUCGUAGAUAUCGGUGUUGGCCGUUCGGGCCUCAUCCACAAGAGCAACAUCACCCUGGACAAGCUGCCUGUCAGCCAGCGCCGACGCAGCCUGGCUCUGGGACCUGGGGAACGGGUGGAGGUCCGGGUCCUGAGUGUGGACUCUCAGAGGGGACGGAUUGGGUUGGACCUGAUCAGGGUCUUGCAGUAGACUCUCUUUAUUCCCACAUUUCACUUUUUAUAAUUGGACUUGAUUUGAGACGAGAAAAUUCCACACAAGGCUACUGAGAGACAAAUUGCUCCCCGACGCUUACAGUGACUGUGGAUGAGAACUGAUCCGGUUCUUGCAAGCUGAGCUGACACAUUCAUUUUAACAGGAAGCCUGUUAAAGCGUAUAGGAACGGCGCUUUAUUUUGCAGUUAUGAUAACACAAUUCAACUGAUGUCUGCAUUUUCUUCAAGGUCCUGCAGUUUUCAACAUGCAUGCAAAAAUAUUUACACCAAACAUCCAACAUUACAAACAGCUGUUACAAGUCCAGAAACAAAAUGAACAUUUUAAUGGAUGUGAAACUUUAGAAACUCACUUCAAGGGAGAAAAAGUUGUAUUUAUUCUCAGGCUGAUUUGGAGUUGUACUUUCCUUGUGACUAAACCUGAUUGCUCAUUUUCAGUUAAAAAUGUUCUUUUUUUUGUCCACUGACCCCGUAGUUAGCGAUGUAAACAUACUAACAUCUACGCUUUGUUAGAUGGAACACGUAAUUAUUUGCACUUUAGUUUUAGCUUUGUACUUGAACUGUUAAUUUCUUUUGUAAAUGUGAUAAUCCUUUAAUUUUAGCUCUUCAAGGUGAGCUCAAGGUUUGUUCUGUGCUGAACAGUUUGUCCGGUCACACCUUUCUAUCACCUGUGCUGUUUGUGGUUUACUGUUCAUGUGAAGCCUUAAGAAGCCAAGUGAAGGAGUCGACAUGUUAUCCUAAACGGAUCUUACAUUGUACCUUGACAUAAAAACCUUUCCGUUAUACCCUA